AGUCCCUUCAGUCUGACACAUUCCAAACACGCCGGCGGACGCGUCAUGCCAACGACCGCGAGCGCUCCGGAGGACAUCUGUUGAAAUCACCGGUCGUCACGUACGUAAAUUUCAUUUUUUCCGCCGUUUUCUCCUCGCGUGCUCUCACUCUCUCUCUCUCUCUCUCUCUGUCACUCUGCCUCUUUGUACGUCAAUCUCUUCUCGGUCACCGUUCAGACCGGCUCGCGUCCGUUUUCGACAAACGCCGCAGGCCAAACGCGAAGUGACCGAACGCACCACGGACGCGAUCACGCACGGUCAGAACGUUCGAACUACGCUGCCCGUCGACAUCGGACCACGGUACCGAGUGAUCGUGCGCCCCUGGCAACAACCGCGAAACCACCACCACACGGCGGCAGUGGCGGUGGCGGCGGCGGUGGCGGCAACGUCGAGGGUAGCGGCGGCCGCGACAUAGGUAGCCAGCAGUCGUCAAUCCCGCGGGACCCGUAACCGUCGUGCUUCGCCGCACGCUCCGGCCACAAGUCUCCGACGUUUUCGUAUUGCACGGUCGCGAGACAGCCGUGUCGACCGCAGCCACCGCGCGGCGUCUGCUCGCGGUCGCCUCUGUGGUCCCCGGUCCGCGUCGGCGGGGCCGCGAUCGUCUUCGUCACCAUCACGAUAUGCUGUUGAAACGACGACUACAGCUGGGCGGUGGUCUGUUGGCGCUGGGCGUCGUGGCGCUGUUCGCUGUAUACCCGGCACCAGUACGGUGCGAUCGGUCCGGCGGCCACAACCUGGAGAGUCACCAAUACAAGGACUCUAGGAAGUGCUUGCUGACGGCCGCGGCGUUCGGUUGCAGCGGCAGCGGCAAGCGGACAGUCGUGACGAAACGACACGUGGACAAACGCCAACACGGCGGAGGAGGUGGAGGAGGUGGAGGAGGAGGCGGUGGAAGAGCAGGCGCUGACGGAGGUAGUGUCGGGGGCAGCGACAGGGACAACGAUUUGGAUCACAACGGCAACUUCGACUACAAUUACGAUGACGGCGGCGGCGAAGGCGACGGUGGCGGUGGAGGAUACGGAGCGGUGGAUAGCAGUCUGGACACCAUAGACUAUUACGAUCCACCGCUGAUCACCGAUCCCAGGGACAGGAUGUUGCCGGUCAUCUAUAACCCCCGGCCCAUGUACGCGCCGCAGCCGCCGCUCGUGCCACCGCACCAGCAGCACCAUCCGCAGCAACAGCCGCCGCCACCACCGCCACCACCGUACAACAGGUACAACGAUGACGUCCCUCCGAUCAGCCCGUUCGAAGUGCCCAUCAUCGGUAGUUAUCAAAACGUCGACGUUAAACCGAAUCAAGAUAUGCUCGCAGAAUGUCCGCCCACUGAAGAUGGAUUCGAACGUUUUGCUUGUCCUUCGCCGGACAAGGAAGGACGAUUUAGAUGCAUAGAUGACCAUGUCCUAUGUGAUGGAUAUAUUGACUGUCCAAAUGGCGACGACGAAGAUAGAAAGAAUUGUUUCUUCUUCAAAACAACUAAAGCUCACUUGGACAUACUGGCAGAUGCUCUUCUACGAUGGGCAAGAGGACGCUAAUUCAAAAUGUAAUUUUAAAAUUAUACCUUGAUAAAAUGCCAAUACAAUUUUUCAAUUCAAAACAUCUAGAUUCGACAAAAAAACUCUCUUUUCUAUGCACAGAGCAUACAAAACAUUAAAAAAUAUAGUAGGUACUGUCUUUCUAAAGACUUCUAAAAAUUAUUUGAAGCAUAACAUUUCCAAAAAAAAACAGAGGCUUGGAAAAACAAACAUCAUUCGAUUGCCUACUAUAGACAACGGUAAAAUUUAAAAAAAUAAUCACAAAUAUUUACAAAAUUGUGCUCCUAUAUAAACUAAAAACAUUAUGAUUUCACUUUAAUUCCACCAAGUUCCUACAAUAGUUGUUGUUACCAAGCAUGUGUCAUGUUAUUGUAUUUUCAUACAGGUUGUACUUAUAUAAUAUUUUACUAUUUUUUUUAAACUCUAUCUAUGAUGGUCAAUCGGACCUAUAAUUAAGAUCGCAAUAAAUCAUUGUGUGUUGAUUUCAAUCGUGAUUAAUAGA